AUGGAAGAUAACUCAGCUGAUGGAACAACUGAGAAUAGCAGUUCAAUACUUCACUCUACGUCUGUUGCUGAUGGAACGUCUUUAAUGGAUGAAAAUUCGAAUCUCCCAGAUGAAAUUCGUCAGCCGUACUAUCUUGAUGCAUUUCAUUUCAUUAUUAAGAACAUUUUUCAGGAUUCGUUUUAUGAUAAACUAUUUGAUCGUGUCGACCGCAGUUAUAUUGAGAAGUUUGAUAGCUUAUCUGAAAAGUCGAAAUUAAUUUAUCUCGCUUUAUUUCGAAGAUCGCGAAAACUUUAUCGGUCGAAGACUAUUCGUCCUCUUGAUCAAUUUGAUUCAACGGAUUUGGAUGGCAUUUAUAAGCAGUUGAUAAAUCAGGGUUUUUUUUCAUCAGAUCUGAGUUCAUUUACAGAUGAGGAAUUAUUAAAUCUUCUCGACAAACCGGAACUGAUUAAAAUAGCCUCCUCGUUCAAGUUGCGUAAUAAAGGUGCCCCGAAGAAAUCUGUUAUUGAAUCGCUCCUUAAAUCGGCUAAAUCCCCUUCUUUGCUAAGUUUUUUCGCUUCAUCCAAGAUUACAUCUAAAAGUCAGCUGCGAAAAUUGAUCGAAAGCUCUCUUGGUCCGUGCUUUUUUGUUGAGAAAUCACCGUCUUUGGUUAUUCUUCGAAUUCUCUAUUGUUUUUCCUUGACUUCUGAAAAAUUAGGAACUUACAACCAUCCGAUAUCUUUUGAGACAUUUCUGUCCAAAGAGCUGUUCAGUUUUUCCCAAGUUCGUAAUAAUGAUAUUACCUAUCCAGAUUAUGAGAUUUUGCGAAAAUCGGAGAUUUUCAGAACCAGGGACGAACUAUUUCGAGUCUUCGAAUUUUCUGAAUUACGCCAUAGUUUGGAUAAUUUAAUACUCCUGUCCAAGUAUCCUGAUGCCUAUGACUUGUUUAUGAAGCAUAUAGAAUCUAUAAAAACCGUGAUACAAAUGACUGAGCUUGAUCGAGAUGAUUUACCGAAGUUUUUACGAUCGUAUACUCUUCCUAACAUAGCAUCUCGUAUAGUUCGCCUCGCGAUCAAUGUUUGUGAGCGUCUACGUAAAUUUUCAGAAGCCGUAGAGCUUAUUCAACUUGUUCUUUCCUCAAAUCUAAUCCACUCUAUUAGCUCAAAAUCAAUCUGCUUUUUGAUCAAACGUCUACUUCUCGAUCAAGGAAGUCAUUGUAGAGAUAAAAUUGGAUGUUUGAAGCAAAUCGCCGACUUAUUUCCAGUACUCAAGGAAUUGCAUUGCGGACAUCGUCUAGAUAUUCAAAGACAAUUGGGCAUUUUAACAGGAAUAAAAUCAGGCAAUGAUCGACUUCAUUUACAUCGGGAGUCCACGAAUGAAUCUCAUCAACCGCUGUCUAAAAGACGCAAAAUCGUUGAUAUUUCUAAUGCCAAUUUGAUUAAUAAAAUCGAGAAGUUGAUGGAAGAUCUUCUGACUACAUUGAAAUCAGCUCCUGUUGUAAAAGUAUCUGCUCCGAUCAAUGUGUCAUCAGUGGAGAUCGGUGUUUCCCGACCGCUCUACCUUUGGGAAGAAAUCGAUUCCUGUUCGUCUGAAAACACUGAACCAACAACCUCAAUCCUUCACGUUGAGGAAUGGGCUUUAAGGUAUUAUAUAACUAACGUGGGGUUUGAAAGAGGAGUGCAUUGUGAAUCCAGCAUCUAUACAACACUGUGCGGUCUAUUGUUCUAUGACCUUAUCUAUGGUAUUAGUCGUCCUGAUGCAUUUUAUUCUAUGCGCCAAUCUGGACCUUUGGAUCUUUUUACGGGCGAAUUUUACUCUAAUCAUAAGGAUACUAUCGAAUGUCGGUUGGAGAUGAUCAAUUCAGCUGAAAGAAAUUCAUCGGAAUCAAAAGUAGACCCCGUCUCUCAACUACUACUGGAAACAUGGAAGAGACACAAUGGUGAGCAUUGUGUUGGAAUAAACUGGGAGCUCUUUAACGAGACUGGGGCUGAUGUUGUAGAUCUCUUUUGGUGUCUUGGACCCAAAGUUGUAGCCUCAUUCUGCCGCUUAUUAAUAAGCAAUUACUCAAAUUGGUGCUCGGGUCUACCUGAUCUCUGUGUUUGGAGCCCUUCGAAAGUAAAAUCAAAGGUUUGUCCAACUGUACCCCGAGGCCGAUAUGAACGAAAGAAAACAUGA